CAGCAACUUUAAUAACAAAGCAGGAAAAAAAAGCUGAUAGAGAGAGAAGCGGGACGGGCACAGCAGUGUCAUCAUGGAUCAAAGCGUGAAGCUGUUCAUAUACUUUAUGGUUGUAGGAGUGUUUGGUGAACAGACUCCAGCCUUUGAUCGCACAGAUGCUCCUGCAGUCACCAUGCCAGACUGGAUGUCUUAUGUCCCAGACAACCUCCCCCUCUCCUCCUUGGCCAUACCAGGGACCCAUGACACUAUGGCCUUUUUUGGUGGAUCUCUUGCUGAGUGCCAGAGCUGGAAUCUACCAAACCAGUUCAGUGCUGGAGUUAGGUUCUUGGAUAUCCGGCCACGUCAUUACCAAGACCGCCUGCCCAUUUUCCAUGGAGUGUCCUACCAACGCACCGACUUUGACCAAGUCCUCAAGGAUACGGUGGCCUUUCUAAUAAAGUAUCCUAGCGAAACGGUGUUGAUGAGAGUGAAGGAGGAGUAUGAGCCAUAUCAGAACACCAGAAGCUACUACAAGAGUGUAGCCGAAGUUGUGAGCCAAAUUGGAGAACAUUGGUUCUUAAGGAGCAGUAGCCUCCCCACCUUGGGAGAAGCCAGGGGAAAGAUUAUCAUUCUUCAACAAUUUUCAUCCAAUGGAGAAGGUCCCGACUUUGGUCCUCCAUAUCCUGGUCAUAUGAGCAUCUCAGAUGAAUAUCAGGUUACUGAUGAUGCGGAGAAAUAUGCAGAAGUGGAGAGACACCUCAAGGUGGCCCGACAUGGCGAUCCAGAAAGAGCUUACAUGACCUACUGCUCGGGAACCCACUGGCUCCUCUACACACCAGAAUCACUGGCUCGCAAGAUCAACCCGAGAGUGCUCAACUAUCUGAACGCCAAGGCAUCGGUAGCAAGGAAGAGGUCGGUAGGCAUGGUACUAAUGGACUUCCCAGGGGCAGAAAUAGUGAGGCAAAUCGUUCUAGAUAACUGGAAAUGAACCAAAAAUGGAUGCCUCCGGGAAAGUCACAUUUUAUUUAUUUUCUCUCUGCUUUGUGCAAGAUUUUUAUCACUUGAGGCAAAUUACAUUGGAGGACA